CACGACUAGUCUCCCGCCAGUUCAAUUUUAAGCAAUCAGGCCCAGGCUUAGAACCUGAACUGUGUAGCUGCCGGCCUCGAGUAGAUAAGGACACUCUCGGCGUUCGACCAGUUCAACACAAUCUUCAAAAUCUGGAGAAAUGUCCGAAUCAUUAUAUUCGUCUUGUGCGGAAGUCCUCUCCGUGUGCCAGGCUGCAAAAGAUGACCUUGCUGCUCUCCUCGAUCCCAAUACCGGAUUUGCGCCUAGACUACGACAAUUGUGUCGCGACCAAAUCACAGAGGCAGAGAAUAGCGCGUCUUCUGAUGUCUCUCAGGAGGAACUCGACGUCUUACGCAUGGAGGCCAACACGUGGGGCCUUCUCCAGGCUGUAAUGCCUGCCCGCAAAACUGAACCAGAACCACACAUCCAUCCCCGCACAUUACUCGUCAAAAACCCUUACACACCCACAUCAACACUAGCACAAGCAAUCAUGCAUUCGUCGGUGCUGCUAACAGAACUCGUCGUAGUGCGAGAAUGGCUUCAUGAAACUGCACCACAGCCGCAACAUCCAGAAGCCACCACGGGAUACUGGAAGUUUACGAAACAUAAUGUUAUGCAGGCUCUACGUACGGGCUCGGGAAUCAGAGAGGGUCUGGUAAAAGAGCUAGAUCCUGAUGCUAUGAAUAGAGGUGAUGGUCGAUCAUUAGCAGCUGAUGACGCCGGAUCUGAGAAAAGCUUGGCACAAGCGCUUUAUUCAUUUGUUCGUGCUGGCAGAUUGGACGAGGCAGUUGAAUUAUGCAGAAAAGCACAUCAGCCAUGGAGAGCUGCAAGCAUCCGCGGUUCGCUAUUGUUUCAGUGGCGAGCUAUUGCAAACGAGCAACGGGAUGACGACGGCAUCGAUGACGCCGAGGACGCCGAAGGGUGGCAGGGAAAUCCACGUCGAAAACUAUGGAAAUCAACAUGCGCAAGAGCAGCUCUGAAUCCCAACCUCCCAGAUCCAGAGCGCAUUCUCUAUGCAGCUCUUGCACCCUGCCCGCAAACAUUCAGCGUCCUCAAGUCUGCAUGUCGAACAUGGGAAGACCAUCUGUGGGCGCAGAUCAGCAUCCUAUGCGAGGAGAAACAGACCGCAGAGACGAUUAAAUUAGGUGGCGGUUUCUGGGACGGAGGCUUGGCGGUAUUAGAAAAUAUGCCUUCGCUGCCAUCCCGAGAAGAAGAUGCAGCAGAGGAAGAAGAGUGGGAGAAAGAAGCGACAUCUACGUUGGAAACACUAGGUAGCGUUCACGUGGAGGACGGUCCCACCGCAGACCAUGCAUUCCACGUCUCUCAGCUGGCCAUCAUCCUCGAUCGGACAAGUUCAUUGCUAGAAACCUUUGCAGCUGGACUCAGGGAUGGAAACUUCGAUCCCGAAUCAUCAGAGUACCCCACGAUGACACGUUUCUUCGCCCACCUCUGCCUUUAUUUACGGAUGAUCGACAUUCCAGCUCCGCCGCUCGCGACCCAAGUUAUUCUCGAGGCUUAUCUACAAGUGUUGGAAGCUGCAGGCCAGCGGGAGUUGAUCGCCAUGUAUGCUGGCGCACUAGGAGACAAUGCAGUAGAGCGAUAUGCGAUGUUCUUGACUUCGCUUGAACUGACUGCCGACGUCAACGAACGUCGAUUAGCAUUGACUCGUGCACGAGAACAUGGUCUAAAUGUCCACAGGGUGGCAGUCGUCACUGCUGAGCGAACAAUCGAUAGAGCGUUCGAGCUUCUGCCCCAAAUGAAGGGGCCGCUCCCUUCUGUCAUUGCGUUGCAGGCCACUCCUUCCGAUAUCGAGCUCCUCCUACUUCGUUCCAUAGAGUGGACGACGUUCGAGGAUGGAACGUAUGACACUGCACUGGAACAAGCCACCGUUAUUUUACGGUACUUCCUAGGUGCCGGGAGGGUAUCACUUGCAAAGAACCUUGUGGAGAUGCUUCCGCGUGAACUCGCCUCCAUCGAUCAACCUGAGGAACGAGCCACAGAAUACCUUCACUACAGACAAUUCUUCACGAUCUGGGACAGUCUUGACCGGGUCGUCGAGUGCCAGAGUCUAGAGGUAUCGAUAAUGAACCGGGACACCAGGGCCGCUUGGUUAAGCGACUACAAGGGGCUUAUGGACCAGGCCUACGAUGCCGUAGUGAAGCUGCUCACCUCGGAUUGGAUGAUGCCGAACGAGACAGGAGAUCGGCUGCCUGCAAGGAAUCUGAAGCGCGCAUUGGAACUUGCCAACAUUGUUGCGGAUUCGAGGUACAAGCUGUAUGAUGAUUUCUUGCAUCUCGAUGGCCGAAGGCUUGGGGAGUACCUUGAUGCUGUGCGCCGGGCGACGAUAGCUGGGUUGGAAGAGGGUGGAUCGGAUCCUUUCAAGAUUAUUCUAUCGUAAUCUCACAUUUUCUCCAUAGUUGCUCACUAAUGUUAUGUGAUGCUCUUGCUGUAAUUACGACCUUGUUGAUGGGCUACAAGGUUUUGGCUUACUAUAGGUGUGAAUGAUGUACAACAAUGCAUGAGAAAGAAAUAACCAAAGUAUCGUACAGACGUGAUUUAGGUAACUGAGGUCUAGGUAGGACACUAGACACCUAUGUGAACAAAUACAAUCUGCUGUUCCAGUGGAAUAUUAUUG